AGGGAGGUAAGCGAGGAACCAACACAUGUUCCAACAUGGCGACGGAGGAAGAAAACGUUGAAAUCGAAGAGAAUGAAGAUAAAAAAGAAGGCAAAUCAAAGAAAGUUGCCAAACAUGACUCCGGUGCAGCCGAUUUAGAGAAAGUCACUGAUUAUGUUGAAGAAACAGAAAUCUCCGCUCAGAGCAUCAGCGAUGCCAUGCGGGUUGUAAAUGUCAGCAAAGCCAAGGAAGCUUCUGAAAGACAAGAACGAGAAAGAGAACUUUCAAAAGUGAAAAUAAACAAAGAUGACGUAGAUCUAAUUGUGAAUGAAAUAGAAAUUGGCCGAAUUCAGGCGGAGAGAGUUCUGAGAGAACAUAAAGGGAAUAUUGUGGAAGCACUUGUUGCACUUACGAACUGAGAAUACAAUGUAACCUUAUUGGAACAUUGUUCAAUAUGGAUGGCCAUUUUCACCACUUGACCUCGAACCUGAACAUGCAACUUUGCCUGCAGUAAUUUGAGACGUUCUGUAUGAAGAUCUAACUGAAUGUUGACUUUCAAAAUCAAAUUCAUCAAGCCUCUUUUAUAACCAGACAUGAUCUAGACCAAUGUCUUUAGAUUAUUUAUGUGUGGAAGAGAUUCAUAAACAGUGCAUCGUACAAGAAGAAAAGAAUACAGGCUAUAUGUUGAAAGAAUGUUACACAUUCUCCCCUUUUUGUUCAAGGAGACUUUCUUUCAACUAGAAACAAACCAUGUAUUGAAGCUUGUCACUGUGCAUGUAUUUGAAAUUGUAUGGUACAUGCAUAUGUAAUAAACAUAUAUGGGACUAA